UAUAUCACAACACAAGCUUCUGUUUUCUUUAUGCGUUUUUCUUCUCUCAAACGCCAAUUUCAAAUUGUUUGUUUCUCGGGAAAAUUUAUUUCUCUUUAAUGCUUCCUUUUUCCCGGGAUUUUUUCUUCAUCGUUCUCGUCCCAAUCUGUUCCCCAAAUCCAAAUCAAACGCUUCCAAACUCUCACAACGCGAUUCGCAAAAUCCAAAGAACAACAACGACAACAACAAUUCGCUGAUUUUUCCCCCUUCUCGUUCCUCCUUUCGUUGGUCGCGUCAUUGUUCGAUUCCGAGGGUUUUGGAAUCGAAAUUCUGCGCGCGUUCUUGUUAUUUUUCAGUGUUUUUUUUUUAUUCGUCAGAGGUGCGAGAUUCCAACGUGUUUGUUGGUAUAGGAAUUAGGAAACUGGUGUUGGCUUGAAAGUUAAGUCCUGAAUUCUUGGAGGUUCUAUGUUGCACAUCGUUUCGAUGUGAAAUUAGGGUUUUUGUGGAAGAAGGAGAAGAAACAGAGCAUGAUUCUGAGAGCUAUGGUUGUUCCGGGAAUCAGAAGAAGCGGAAGGUUAACGAAUUAUGCUCUCGCGAUGCUGAAGAUUUCAGCAGUGGUUCUGGCUCUUGGUGCAGCGAAGGAGCUUAUUGGAAUGGUGGUGCUGAGGUUCAGUCCAAUUCAAAUUCCGUACAGCUGAACGGUAAAAUGGCACCGCGUGACGGCGGCGGAGAUGGGACUCGGCCGCCAUUGUUGCGGUCUACACGGGGCCGCCAUCAGUCCUUGCCGUCGAGGUUCAAUGACUCGGUUCUUGAUUCAUGGAAGAACCAAGGAGUCAAAGUGGAGGACACGGAUUCCAGCUUUGAGGAUGAUGCAGAUGAAGAGAAGAAAAAGAAGGGUGAUAAUUAUUGUGCUCUUGAAGUGAAUAUAGAGAUGGAAAAGAAUGGUUUUGUUAAAACUGAGAGUAACAGUUCUGUCAUUCUGUGCUUAGUUUUGAAGGUGGUGUGGAGCAGAAGGUUAAAACUACUGGGAAUGGUGGUGAGGAGGAAACAGGUUUACAGGCCGGAGGAUUUCGCGUUGGGUGAUAUAGUUUUGGCGAAGUGUGGGAAAAGGUACCCUGCUUGGCCUGCUGUGGUGAUUGAUCCUAUCUUGCAGGCUCCGAAAUCCGUCCUCAGCUGCUGCGUUCUUGGUGCACUCUGCGUCAUGUUCUUUGGCUUUUCGAAAAAUGGGACCCAAAGGGACUAUGCUUGGGUAAAGCAGGGAAUGAUAUUCCCCUUCUCUAAGUUCAUGGAAAGAUUCCAGGGUCAGACACAGUUGUACAAGAGCAAACCGAGUGACUUUUGCAUGGCAUUGGAGGAGGCAAUGCUGGCUGUAGAUGGUCUUCUCAACUCACAGCUGGAAGUAGAGGAAGUAACUUAUGUAAAUGCUUAUCCGUAUGGAUAUUUAGAGCCCCCAGCCAUGCCUGUUGAUGAUGAAUACCACUGCGAGGAUCAAGAUACAAUAUCUUGUGCUGGCUGUUAUUUGAUGUUGCCAUGCAAAACGAUGAAGAAGAUUAAGGACCCAAGUGGUGCAUCUCAAUUUUAUUGCAAACAUUGCUUUAAGUUACGAAAAUCAAAACAAUAUUGUGGCAUUUGCAAAAAGAUUUGGCACCAUUCACAUGGUGGGAAUUGGGUGUGCUGUGAUCGCUGUAAUGUUUGGGUGCAUGCUGAGUGCGAUAAAAUAUCCAUUGAACUUUUCAAGGAUCUUGAAAACACAGAUUACUAUUGCCCAGCGUGCAAGGGAAAUUUCAAUAAGAAAGUACCCAUACCCAAAACAAGCAAGUCAAAAAAGAAGUAUAAUGUGGAAGACAGAUUGGUAGAGAAUAGCCAAAAAUCUAUAGUACCUGAGACGGUAACAGUGGUGUGCAAUGACAUGGAAGGACUCUACUUCCCAAAGCUUCAUUUAAUUAUGUGCAAGUGUAGCUCUUGUGGUUCAAGGAAGCAUACACCAAGUGAAUGGGAAAGGCACACAGGUAGCAGAGCCAAAAAAUGGAAACAUAGUGUGAAAGUGAAAAACAUGAUGCUCCCACUAGAAAAAUGGAUCACAGAAAACAUUUCACAAGAUGGAGUUCCACAACAGUUAGAUCAGCAGCAGGUGCUUAGCUUUUUGCAAGAAAAUUAUGAGCCAGUUCAUGCAAAAUGGACAACAGAAAGAUGUGCAGUUUGCAGAUGGGUAGAAGAUUGGGAAGAUAAAAAAAUUAUUAUUUGUAACAGGUGCCAAAUAGCAGUCCACCAAGAAUGCUAUGGGGCAAAGAAUGUUCAAGAUUUUACUUCUUGGGUUUGUAGAGUAUGUGAAACACCAGAUGUGGAGAGAGACUGUUGCCUCUGUCCUGUAAAAGGUGGUGCUCUAAAACCAACUGAUGUUGAGAUGCUAUGGGUUCAUGUGACAUGUGCUUGGUUUCAACCUCAAGUGGUUUUCCAAAAUCAUGAGGCCAUGGAACCUGCGGUAGGAAUACUGAGAAUUCUUCCUAAUACCUUUGUUAAGUAUUCCCAAAUGUGUGCUUCGAGAGCAGGAUAUAGCACAGAAUUGCAUUCUGUGGAGAAGAAUGGGACUCAAAUAACAAAGAAGCUAAUAUACUGUGCAGUUCACAGGGUCCCAAAUCCAGAAUCUGUAUUGGUUGUACAUACUCCUGGGGUUUUCUCUCCCAGAGCCUCUCUUGAAAAUCAUAGAAGAUGCUUCCGGGGGUCAAGGCUGGUUUCAUCAAAGAAUGUAGAGCUUAUUCAAUCUUCAAACUCUGAAGGUGACAAGAUUGAGCCAUUUUCUGCUGCAAGAUGUCAUGUAUACUGUAGAUCACUGAAUAAGAAGGCUGAAAUACCAAUAAUUCACUUGCUGAAGGGACCCGGCCAUCAUUCUUUAAGUGCAAUAACUCAGUUGAACAGCUAUAAGGAUUCUGAAGAUUCUAAAGUAUUUACUUCUUUCAAGGAACGACUUCAUCAUUUACAGAAAAUGGAAAAGCUUCGAGUUUGCUUUGGAAAAUCGGGUAUCCAUGGAUGGGGUCUUUUUGCUCGUAGAGAUAUACAAGAAGGAGAGAUGGUUGUUGAGUAUCGCAUUGAGCGGGUAAGGCGAAGUGUUGCUGAUUUAAGGGAAGUGAAAUACCGUGCAGAAGGAAAAGAUUGCUAUCUGUUCAAGAUCAGUGAGGAUGUGGUAAUUGAUGCAACGUACAAGGGCAAUAUAGCACGGCUAAUAAACCAUUCUUGCAUGCCAAAUUGUUAUGCAAGGAUUAUGAGUUUGGGUGAUCAAGAGAGUCGGAUCGUUCUCAUUGCCAAGACGAAUGUUUCUGCUGGCGAAGAAUUAACGUAUGAUUACUUAUUCGAUCCAGAUGAGCAGGAUGAACUGAAAGUUCCCUGCCUUUGCAAAGCCUCCAAUUGUAGGAAAUUUAUGAACUAGGGUUGGCAUUUUACUUUUUUUUUUUUUUUUUACUGGAGCAAUUGCAGAUUCCUAACCAUAGGCCUUAUGUAUAGAGUAAACAGUAGUCCAUUGAUAGGUAUAUCGUUUUUGCAAUCUCAUUAUAAUUGUAUAUUCUUUUGCUCAUAUCAUAAAUUAGGAAAAAGAUAUUCAGAUCAAUGAAUUAGAGGCAUUUUUGUAAAUUGCCUCUCCCAUUCUUGUA